GGUUUACUCUCCAUUGCCUAAAUGAAGGAACAAUUUCCACCUCCGUCUUGGAUUGUACUGGGGCUAGGGUGCAUUAAAUCCAUUUCUGGUGGUGCUACUGAUGUGAGAUGACUUGACUGGAAGAUUACACCAUAAUAAAGGAGCAGGAUGCCAUCACUUCAGCUUGACUAUCCCUUGCCAGUCAUCUACCGGGUCAACACUCAGCCACUUUGGUGGUUCUUCAUAUUGCUACAGCAAGCUAACCAGUGUUUGCUAAGUGGGAAAAGGACAAUAAUCAAUCCUGGAGAAGGGGAGACUUUCAAGCUUCUCAGAGGAUGCUGCAGACAACCCAGAGCUCUGUCACAGAGCGAACUUUGAGAGCCGAAUUUCCAGCUCAGCUUUUUCAUGCAUUGCAAGGUCUGAAUAGUUCUUAUUAAUCUGAAACCAUGGUGCAGAAAUAUCAAUCCCCCGUGCGGGUGUAUAAACACCCCUUUGAGUUAAUUAUGGCUGCAUAUGAAAGAAGAUUUCCUACAUGUCCUCUAAUCCCAAUGUUUGUAGCUAGUGACACUGUGAAUGAAUUCAAGAGUGAGGAUGGAGCUAUCCAUGUGAUCGAAAGGCGUUGUAAACUGGAUAUAGAUGCACCACGAUUAUUAAAAAAGAUUGCAGGAGUAGAUUAUGUUUACUUUGUCCAGAAGAACUCCUUGAACAGACAAGAUCGGACUUUGCACAUAGAGGCCUACAAUGAAACCUUUUCUAACCGAGUCAUCAUUAAUGAGCACUGCUGCUACACAGUUCACCCUGACAAUGAAGAUUGGACCUGUUUUGAACAGUCAGCAAGCCUGGAUAUCAAGUCUUUCUUUGGCUUUGAAAGCACAGUGGAAAAGAUUGCCAUGAAACAGUACACCAGUAAUAUUAAAAAGGGAAAGGAAAUAAUAGAGUAUUACCUGAAGCAGAUGGAGGAAGAAGGGAUGACGUUUGUUCCUCGUUGGACUCCUCCUGUUAUGUAUAAAUUGGAGAACAGCACAUCUCGCAUAGCACGGCCAGUUUCUCCUGCUGUCAACAUACCAGAUGCUGUCACAAAGGAGGGACUGAACAAUAAGGAAGUGCUGAACACCUCCAGCAGCCCAUCAGAGCCCACAGCAGGAACACCUGAUGACAAACUCGAUGCAGACUACAUCAAGCGGUAUCUGGGUGACUUGACACCAUUGCAGGAAAGCUGCCUCAUCCGACUUCGACAGUGGCUCCAGGAAACGCACAAGGGCAAAAUCCCAAAGGAUGAACAUAUUUUACGAUUCUUGCGUGCCCGGGACUUCAAUAUUGACAAAGCCAGAGAGAUUCUUUGCCAGUCACUAACAUGGCGUAAGCAGCACCAAGUGGACUAUAUUCUGGAAACCUGGAACCCUCCACAAGUACUACAAGAUUACUAUGCAGGAGGUUGGCAUCACCAUGACAAAGAUGGGCGCCCUCUGUAUGUGUUGAGGUUGGGACAGAUGGAUACCAAAGGCUUAGUGCGAGCUCUUGGGGAAGAAGCCUUGCUUCGAUAUGUUCUUUCUAUAAAUGAAGAAGGACUGAGGCGAUGUGAAGAGAAUACAAAAGUAUUUGGCAGGCCUAUAAGCUCCUGGACCUGUCUGGUGGAUUUGGAGGGCUUGAAUAUGCGACAUUUAUGGAGACCUGGUGUCAAAGCAUUACUAAGAAUCAUUGAAGUGGUUGAAGCCAAUUACCCUGAAACAUUGGGUCGCCUUCUUAUCCUGAGAGCGCCCAGAGUAUUUCCAGUCCUCUGGACACUGGUUAGUCCAUUCAUUGAUGACAACACCAGAAAGAAAUUCCUUAUUUAUGCAGGAAAUGACUACCAAGGGCCUGGAGGUCUGCUGGAUUACAUUGAUAAAGAAAUUAUCCCAGAUUUCCUUAGUGGAGAGUGCAUGUGUGACGUUCCCGAGGGUGGGCUAGUUCCAAAGUCUCUGUACCGGACUGCAGAAGAGUUGGAAAAUGAAGAUCUAAAACUGUGGACUGAAACGAUCUAUCAGUCUGCAAGUGUCUUCAAGGGAGCUCCACACGAGAUUUUCAUUCAGAUUGUGGAUGCCUCAUCUGUGAUCACAUGGGAUUUUGAUGUGUGCAAAGGUGACAUUGUUUUUAACAUCUAUCACUCCAAGAGAGUGCCACAGCCUCCUAAAAAGGACUCUCUGGGCACUCACAGCAUUACAUCUCCUGGGGGGAACAAUGUACAGCUGAUCGAUAAAGUCUGGCAGUUAGGGCGUGAUUACAGUAUGGUGGAGUCCCCACUUAUCUGCAAGGAAGGGGAGAGUGUGCAGGGGUCUCAUGUGACCAGAUGGCCUGGUUUCUAUAUUCUUCAAUGGAAGUUUCACAGCAUGCCUGCCUGUGCUACAACCAACCUGCCUCGUGUGGAUGAUGUACUGGCAUCUCUACAGGUCUCCUCUCAUAAGUGCAAAGUGAUGUACUAUACAGAAGUGCUAGGAUCAGAAGAUUUCAGAGGAUCUAUGACCAGCCUUGAAUCAAGCCACAGUGGAUUCUCCCAGCUCAGCGCUGCCACAACCUCUUCCAGCCACUCCCACUCCAGCUCCAUGAUUUCCAGGUAGUGCCACAGCAAAUGAAAAGCAAAUGGAUGACAUGGCUGGACCCUCAUCUGUGGCAGCUGACUGCAAUACAGCAUAUUCAAGUGGCAUUUGCAAAAAACAAAACCCUUUUAUAGAUAGUAAAGUAGCUGUUUGAAUUUUAAACGUCGUGUUUCUGUUCAAGUUCGAGCUGACAGUCUCUUUAACUUUAACCCUAGCCCCUAACUCAGCCAUAGAUUUUUGUAAGCGUGCUUGCACAAAUCCUAACUGUAAAAUAUAAGGGCUCUCUUGGAAGGAAAAGAGUAAUCAAUGUGCUGAUUAAGAAUUAUUUUUUUAAAAAAUUGCCUGUAGAUGGUAAAAAGCAAAAACAAUCCUACCAAAAAUAUUCCAUAGUGCAUUAGAAAGCAAACACAAGGCUCCUGCCUUCUUGCCACAUUAUGGAAUAGCCUGUGAUCUUCCAGCUGCUGCAGGCUCUCCUGCUACUGCCACUCACUCGCACUGCUGUUUAAGAGACCAAGGAAAGCAGUUCCUGGCUAUUGGCCCGUGCACAUGGAAAGUCAUUACAGCAGGGUCGCGGGCAAGCCACUAACACUAAUACCUUUUGCAUGUGCACAUUGUUGGGGCGUCCCAAUUCUGGACAUUUAGGAUAUAUCUCCACAGGGAUAAAAAACCCGCAGCCAGCUCAGACUCUCACACUGAAAAACUGCUGUGUAGAUGUUUGGACUCCCAGAGCUCAGGCUCUAGCUGGACCUUGGGACGGCAGAGGUCCCAGCUCUUGGACUCAAGGCCAAGUCCACUGAUCUGGGCCAGUUGUGGGUUUUUUAUCCCUGUGUAGACAUACUCUUAGGGGCUAAAAGCAAAUGUAGCCCUUUCCUUGAACUUAUUUUUUAAGCACUGAUGGUGGGGAGGAGAGAGGCAGAGAGCAGGCUCUCCCGCACCAUGACCCAAAGGCUGGUCCAGAUUGGGUCCUUGGUUUAUUUCUCGCUUCAUUCUGGAGUCACCUUUUACCCACUGCACUUACCUGUUACCCUCCACAAGCGCUCAUUUUACUGGGAUUUGCUUUAUGCUAGGAGUGUAGGUGAACACAUUCCUCAAAGCAGAAUUAGGCUGGCUCCUUAAAUCAGUCAGGAGGCAGCGUGACUACAGCAAUUAACCUUUCCUGCACUUGCUCUUCCUCAAAUUCUCCUUUCUGGCUUCAUGUACGCUAGGAAAAGCAGAACUUGACAGCUUCCAUGGGUGGUAAAUAACAGAACAGGGCAGUAGGAUCUUUAUCACCAUAAAAAACAUCCAAUCCUGCCUAGGCUACUGCUUUCAUUGUUGCAAUCACCAGUGGUGAAGUUCUUGUCUGGAUUAUCUUUUUCCGCUCUAAUACAUAGGUCCCAAGCUGUCCUGCUUGCUUGGGGACUCACCUGAUGUUAGCUCAGGUUCUUUACCCCAAAGCAAGUAGCUGCUGAAUCCCCAAGGCACACAGAAGGUGUAAAUCUUGAGUAAACACUUUUUUGAUAAGUGAGCUAAAAACAUAGCAUUCAGAAUGUUAAUAUUUGAUAAGUCUCCUGGCAUUACCCAAGAUUACAGCUUGGAACCCAGCACAAGUUGCUUAUUUAGACCACUGGUCGAAGGCCUUUCCCCUGCUAGAAACAAAAUUGUUCAUCCAGUUGGAGUAAGCUGCUGUAUUGUUACAACCAUUAAUAGCUAGCUGGAUAGGAUCUUACAAGGGCUGCAAUAGCCUUGUUUUUGCUCAUGGGGAAACAUUUGCUGAAGUAUUGCAUGUUAGGGGUUUAUUUAAGAUAACAGGCUGCACUGUUUGAAGAAAGCUGAGCCCUGAGAAAUUCCGAGUAAACAUUUUAAAAUGCACAGUAUUUGUACAUCCCAGUUUGUGGAAAAAACAAACUGAUGUGAAGCACAACACUUGCAAGCCAAUGUCAGCUUGGAGUGUUCCUAACAAAGAUGAUAAAAGCUCAGUAUUAAUAAAUCAGCUUAACUAUGCUGAAAAACACACCCUCCUGCACUUGAUCAACCCAGUCUGGCACCUUCAACUUGCAGUAGGUAAAAUUCCCUUUAAAAUCCAAGGCAGGGUGGGAUUCUCUCACUGGCUGCCAAUAAUAUUGGCAAACUAGUGCUGGGGCAAACAAAGGGACUCUACCGCCCAGAUGUUAAACAGGUCCAUAGCCAGUGUAUGUACUGUAUAUGGACUAUGCUGUAUAAACCACCUAAAUCCUGCGUACUGAUAUUUCCUUUGAAGAGAGGUAGUUUGAUACUUGAUCCACAGAAGCCAGUGUUCCCAGACACAGAGGAGCUAAUGCCGGAAAAGGCACUAUACCGUUAACUCACUUAGUGACAUUUGUGCCUCUUGCCAAAGGGCACUUCCCCUCUUCUAAGGGCUCUACCUUGAAGAUGGUCCCCUCUCUCUCUCUCUCUCUCUCUCUCUCAGAUGGCGAUUUUGCUGACAGCUGUAAAGAAACCGCUUCAUUCAACAAUCCACAUCUGCCCUGAGGUGUCUGGCUUUGUAGACCUUUCUGAGUUACAGCCACUUUUCAAGGCUGAAGAUUUCUUGGGUUUUUUUAGUUAGUGGUACUUGAGGGUUUUCUCAAAGUCGAAUACAUCUUUUUAAAAACUCAAAGCACAUGAUAGCACAAACAGUUGAGGGGUUAAUACACCAGAAAAGCAAGAUAAAGUUUCCUCUUAGUGAAGUGCUAUGGCAAAUAGGACUGACUUAUGCAGUUUGAAAUAGACCUGAUUAAUUUUAAAACUCUUGGUCUCCUCUUUUUCAUGUGAUAUUGCUGUUCUUCGUUUCUGCCAACACACUGACCAUUCUGUUGGCUUUUCUCCCCUGUGUAACCAAUGUCCUUUCCCUGCCCUCUUGUCCAUAUUCAUGAAUUGCAUAUCAAAUUCUGUAAAUGUUUUGUAAACAUAUUACCUCACUGCUGGUAAUAAGAAACAGUCUUUAAAAGAUUUUUUUAUUGUUAUCAAUAAUAAAUGUGACCUGUUUGAAAAACAAAAAA